AUGUGCCCUAGACUGAAAUGGAACCCUGGAUCCUUCCAUCUGCAGGCUGACACUCUAUCCACUGAGCCUCGCCCCUCCUCCCGCACCCCUGCCCGCAGCUUCGUGCUGGCCGAAGGCCACAAGCGCUACUUCGAGAAGCUGGUCAUCUACUGCGACCAGUACGCCAGCCUCAUCCCCCUCUCUUUCGUGCUCGGCUUCUACGUGAACCUGGUGGUGCACCGCUGGUGGAACCAGUACCUCUGCAUGCCGCUGCCCGACGCGCUCAUGUGCAUCGUGUCGGGGUUUAUGACCCGCGAGGAGCGCAAGAAGUUUGAGAACUUGAACUCAUCCUACAACAAGUAUUGGGUGCCCUGCGUCUGGUUCUCUAACCUGGCGGCACAGGCCCGGCGGGAGGGCCGCAUCCGGGACAACAGCGCCCUUAAACUGCUGCUGGAGGAGCUGACUGUGUUUCGGGGCAAGUGUUCGAUGCUCUUUCACUACGACUGGAUCAGCAUACCCCUCGUCUACACCCAGGUGGUGACCAUCGCAGUGUACAGUUACUUCCUGGCCUGCGUCAUCGGUCGCCAGUUCCUAGACCCUGCGCAGGGCUACAAAGACCACAACCUUGACCUGUUUGUGCCCGUCUUCACUCUGCUGCAGUUCUUCUUCUAUGCCGGCUGGCUCAAGGUGGCAGAGCAGCUCAUCAACCCCUUUGGAGAGGACGACGACGAUUUUGAGACCAACUUUCUGAUCGACCGCAACUUCCAGGUGUCAAUGCUGGCCGUGGACGAGAUGUACGAUGACCUGGCCAUGCUGGAGAAGGACCUGUACUGGGACACAGCGGAGGCUCGGGCCCCCUACACUGCGGCCACCGCCUUCCUGAGGCUGCAGCCCUCCUUCCAGGGCUCCACCUUCGACAUCACGCUGGCCAAGGAGGACAUGCAGUUUGAGCGGCCAGACGGCGCGGACUUGCCUCUGGGCGAGGCGCAUGGCGAUUUCUUGCAGCGCCUCCUGCCGGUGGGCCCGGGCAUGGCUGCAGGAAGCCAGCUGGGCCGGCGCCUGUCCGUGUUGCGCCGACCUCAGGGCUAGACCCCCGAGCUCCCAGCCCAGGUGGCCAGCCUGCCGGGUGUUGCUGCUGCGGGCUCCAUCGUCCUCGAUGGCGUAGCCCCGGAGGGUGACUGUGGGGACCUACUGUUGGACUCCGGACUUCGAGAGCCGGAACCCGAGCCCCACACGGGGCCAGAGCCGCCAGCCCCCGGGCUGGACGCUGAGCCCUUCACCAGAGUGUCCAUGCCCGCACCCAGAGGGCCGGCUCCGCCCUGGCUGCCCAGCCCCAUUGGCGAGGAAGAGGAGAAUCUAGCUUGAGGCCCUUGGGCCCAAGAUCCCCAAGAACAAGGAAUCAAGACCCACACCGCACCCACGCCGACAUCUGGGUCCGCAUAAGCUCCUCGUGAAUUUCAUCCGCCGGCUUUGGACCAGUUCCCGCUACCCCUGCUCCUGUCUUCAUGUCUGGCCUGUGUCUCCUGUGGGCCGGCCCUGGGCUAAGGGCAAAGGGAUUUUUCCAGCUUAGAGCAGCUCAUUCUUCCUACCAGCUCUACUCUCCCUCCCGCCACUGCCUGGAAGGGCCCUAUGUGUGUCCUGCCUUUAUUGUUUCCUUAAAAUGGAGAUAGGAGUGCCUACCUCUUUGAGUUGUGAGGAUGGGAAUGAAAUAACAGCUUUAAGGUGUUUGUACAUAAUAGGUGCUCAAUAAAAUGGUUUCUACUCAAAUGCUGUUAGUCUGACUUCUCCUGCCACACAUUAUG